AUGACACCCGGCACGAAACGAACAAUUAUUACAUCAAAAACUACUGGUCGACGUUAUUUUUUGGUCCGUUCAGCUAAUCGACCAAGUGGUCGACGGUAUUAUGUUUGUACAAACCCAACUUGUAAAGCGCGCGUAUCACGUGAAGCAGAUCUGUAUUGCAAAGCUCAUGCACAUGAACAAGUACCUGGAAGUGAGGGCAUCGCCAAUAUUUCGACGAAAUCAGUGGAUGAGAAUGAUAUUCAAGAUAAUGGUGAAGUAAUCGAUGAAGAAUCCUCAGCGAUGGAACAACAAAAUGUAACGGUGGAAGCAAGUUUUACGGAAGAACUUAAUGAAAGUCAAAACAAUGAUUCCAUGCAUGAAACUGAUAUUGAAAACAUGAAUGGCACUAUGCAAACAGAUACAUCAACAGCACUUUCACCUAAUUCUCAAUCAAAUCGUCAAAUUCAUGUAGAUGAAAUAACAGGUACACGUAGUUUUCGUGACAAUUCCGGCCGCCGUCGAUAUAUUUGUAUGCGCGCGCCAUGUACAAAUGUUUUAAAACGUCAAACAGAUCUGUUCUGUCGUCUGCAUACAUCCAACGAAAAACAAACAAAUAAUAAUAAUAAUAAUAAUAAUAAUAAUAAUAAUAUUAACAACGCCAACAACAGCAACAACAACAACAACAAUAAAAAGAAACGUCGCAGUCAAAAACGUCACUCAGCUCCACCAACAUCGAAUUCAUCUAAAAAAAAUCGCUAUCGUUCACCAUUUCAAACCCCACUCACUGUAACAACGACAACCACAUCUGAAAAUGGUACUGAUGGUAAUCAAUCGGAUGAAUAUGAAGCACCAAAAAAAAAUAUUCCACAACGUACUGGAACAACUCGAUCAUUUCGAGAUGCAUCUGGAAAAUUGCGUUUUCUUUGUUCGAUUCCAACAUGUCAUAGCCGUGUACCUCGACAAAGUGAACCCUAUUGUCGACGUCAUACACUGGAAAUUCAAGCCCAAGCAUCUGAAAAUAGCAAUAUUCAACCAGCAACUACAAAUGGUACUGUCAAUGAAGAAAAAAAACAAAAUAGUGUAGCAAUGGACGUAACUGAAAACGGUAUUAAUACUCCAUCGCGACAAAUAACAUUAGAACAAGAAAUUCCACCUGAAAGUAAAAAACGAAAACGUGAACCAUCAUUAAUUCUCUCUUCAAUUCCAGCAACUAAAAUUGUCAUUGCUACAACUGCUCUACUUGAUGAUCAAUGGAACGACGUUCUCACAUUUUUUCGGCAAUUUUCUCAAGUCCAAUUAUCCACAAAUUUAAAUGUGAAUAAUUCUACAACACAUUUACUUGUUGAUGAUAGUGAAAAUCAUUUACAUUGUACAAUAACAAAAAAAAUCGUACAAGCAGCUGUACGUCAUCAUAUAUUUAUCAUAUCAUCACGAUGGCUAAAUGAAUGCAUGCGAUUAAAUAAAUUCAUCGAUGAACAUCCAUAUGAAAUAAUAAGUGAUUCUCAUACAACACUACGUUCAUCACAACAUGACUCAAAUGCAACAAAUAAAUAUUUAUUUUCACAAAAUUCGCAAUAUUCAUAUGCAUUUGCUAUUGAAUGUCGUCAAUGCCAAGGUUCAAUAAAUCGUAGUGAAUUAAUUGAGUUAAUACAAUUAACAGGUGCACAAUUAUUUCAAAAUGAACAAGCCGUCGAUGUAUUAAUCGUUUUAUGUGAUACAAGUGAUAAAAAUUUGAAUAAAAUUAAAGAAAAAUAUAUGAAUGCACCAGCAUCGAAUAUAAAAUAUGUAACAAGUGAUUUUUUACUUAAAUCAAUUAUUAAAUUUGAAAUACAAGAUAUUGACAAAUAUUCUUUAUAA